UCUUCUUCUGCAUUUUUUGUUUGAUCAUAUCACAAAUGGACUAUGCUUCAAUAUUCAUCAUUUAUGACUGCAUGUCUUGGAUAAGUUGCCCAAGAUUAUCUAGCAUUUUUUUUGGAUUUAUUUGGUUUUAUGCAUGUCAUAGUAUGCUACCCAGCAAAUAUGGAAUUGGAGGACCAAUUUCAACACCUAGAUAAAAACUUGAGGUGUUAGAGCUGGAUGACUGGAUCCAUUAUUUGAUGAAUACGAGUCUCCGAAAAACCUAUUAACCCUACUUCGCAUCGGACUUUUCUAGUCACUAGCUCCUUCCUCUUUUCAAAGUUCCACCUAGAGUGUGACCACUUUGGGUUUUCGUAAAUCGUAAGAGUUCUUGAAAGCUUCUGCUAACAUAGUAAGCUGUUUUUUUAAAAAUUUUCAGAUAAAGCCAAAAGUCGGGACAGUUUGUUUCGGUGUUGCGGCAAGUCAAGGUGCGCUUCUCCUAGCUGGUGGAGAAAAGGGGAUGCGCUAUGCAAUGCCAAAUUCACGCGUAAUGAUCCAUCAGCCACAGAGUGGAUGUGGAGGUCACGUUGAGGACGUUAGGCGCCAAGUGAAUGAAGCAGUUCAAUCUCGCUAUAAAAUUGACAAAAUGUACGCUGCAUUCACUGGUCAACCGCUUGAGAAAGUACAGCAAUACACAGAGAGAGAUCGUUUCUUAUCAGUGACGGAGGCAAUGGAGUUCGGUCUCAUAGACGGCAUUUUGGAAACCGAGUAUUGAUAAUCUUGUUUUUAAUGCAUUUGGGAUUGUGUUACAUAUUUCUUGUAGCUGUGUUGUAUGGGUUCAGUAGCAUUGUGAACAACUUCUGACACUAAUUUUGAAGGGAGUCCUGGACAUUGUAUUUGUACAUUUUAAAUAGGAAUUAUAUUCAAUUUUACUCCA